AUGGCGACAUCAAUACAGGGCGAGCGUGUGGUGCCUCAGUCCAACAACAGGAGGAGAGGAUGGGUCAUCGCUAGCGAAGAUGGCACCGAGAUCGAGCGGCCAACCAGCUUCGAUGCUCGCAAAAGUGCCGCCGCGUGGAACAAAGGCAAAGGCCCGUCCCAGGCAUCCAUCCCAUCCAGAGCGUCGUCAUUAGCAUCCACUCCAGCGCCAACACCGAUGCUUCCAAGCGAGCCUUUCCAGCAGGCAGAUGAGCCAUCAGCCAGCGGUCCUUCUACAAGCGAAGUCAUCACUCUACCCGUACCGCCACCACGGAUUCCAUCUUCCAGCAUGAGCCACAGCAGAGACGCGACAUCCAGCACGACAAGCGAAGCAGAAUCCAGCACCGGCCGACGACGACCUUCACCGCCUCUGCUCGUACCACCAAAACAGACCUUUAAGAAAGUCCCUUCCAAAAGGGUCCUGCCACCUUCGGCGCUGAGCGAUCACGAAAAGUUCAUGGCCGCUGCCUACAAGGGUGCCGGUAGCAGCGCGUCUUCAUCGUCAGCGGGAACAUCCGGAUCGCGUUCGCCAUUCGCAAAUGCUGCGUUGCGCAGCGACCUUGCAAAGCUGGCUGCGAGCCGACGUGCGAACAGCUCUUCCUCAAGCAGCACAGCGACAACCUCGACGUCAGCAUCUGUGUCGCAAUCUGCAACAGCAUUAGCUACAUCGGCUGUGUCAGCAACGCCCACGAGCAAUCAACUCAAGGGCAAAGCGAAGCAAAUUAGUCAAAGCCCCUUGCAAAGUGACCCCGAAGGGUUCUUCAGCUCGGGAGGAAAGGUCAAGCAGAUGGCCAACACGUACGACAACACCCACAGUCGUCAACAGAGCGGCGAUCCACAAUCCUCUGCUGAUGCUUCAGCGUCAUCACAGCAACGCAGCAGUGAUUUUACCCAGCACAAGCAAUCUCUUCUCCUCUCUCAGGUCCAUCCGCUGCCGGCAUUGAGCGAAAAGUCUGCCAAUUCCGACAUCGAAGACGUACCUUCUUCUGCAUCCGAUGUGAUGUCCGACAACGAAGCAGCAAUCUCAGCAGCAGCAGCCAAGACGGUCAAGAGGCGCGAAAGCCUACAAAUCGAAUUGCCACCCCCACCGCCACAAUUCAAGGACAGGUACCCGACCAUCCUCGUAGAUUCAACACACGCGAGCGACUCUGAAGCCAGCGGCACGAGUAACGCUGGUCCUCGCCGCCGCCGUCGACGAAGUACGGCUUCAAUGAGCAAUAAGCUCGGAACCGAUGCAGAGGACGACGAUGACGACGAGUAUGCGGGUGACGAUUCCAGCUGGCCAUCGACACCCUCCACCACUCCGCUGGAGACGUAUUUCAUAGCAGCUGAUGCCAAACCCAAACCGGCGAAAAGAACAAUGCAAACUACCAUGGAGAUUGUAGCAGCUGAAUCGAGUGCUCUUGGCAUGGGCAGACCUAUGGUAGUCGUCACAAGCCCAAGCACUGCAUCAGAAGUCUCGUCAGAUCGUCGUUCGAGCUCAGGCUCCGGGUCUACAUCGGAUCGCACAUACUCAUCUUCACCGCCAGCUGUGGCCAGUGUUGCGCCUCCCCCGGCCCUGUCGAAAAUCGAAGAGCAUCCGAGUGCCAAGAGCGACGCAGCUGAGGCAAGCACAGCUGGACCGCCGAAACGAUCGCUCUCAUUCGAGGUGCCAGUCAUGAACCGAUUCAGAGCGUCGGAAGAGAGCUUGCCCAUCGGUGGUGCUGUCCGCUCGCCAUCACGAGCGAUGGCAUUUUUGGCCAAGAUGAAUCCGAGCAGAUCCGCGAACCGUAGCAGUGUUGAUCUGGUUUCCACCACUCGCACCGACGCGAGCUCGGGCACUGUACAGGCUGCGAAACGAAUGUCGUUGGAUGAUCAGCGCCGAACGUCAGCAGAGCAGCGCCGUUCCGUCGAGCUCCGUCCGAUCCUCCUGAAUGCUGCGUCACGCCCACCUCCUCGACCUGUCGCGAUAGAAGCUGCAAGCUCGACAACUACUUCCCAGCAGGAGCGCCGUCGAUCGUUGGGCCGUGCUGCAGUUCGCUCCAACGUUCUGCCCUAUCACUCGCGUCGCAGCUCAGAGGUUUCUACCAGCUCUUCGACCGACACUCCCAAGGCCCAGGACCGCGGCUCGUUCGAUAAGCAACCGUUCGACCCGGGAUACAGCCCUACUUCGCAGAUGACGACCUUCACGAUGCCAUCACCUGCCCUGAGCACCGAUCAGAAGCUCUUCUCGAACCAGCCCGCAAUUCACGCACAGCAAUCGACCGAGACGAACCAGCGCCGAUCUUCGGCUGCUGGCGCACCGAGAGAUCGCUUCGCCGCUUCUAUGCCCUCUUUGCAUCAGCCUGUCGUCCACGCGCAGCCAAGGGACCGUCGUACGGCCUCAAAUGAAGAGCCAGGUGCUCAACCGUCGGCGAUCCGACUGCUGAUCGACUCGCAGAAAGGCCGCACCACACGAGACAAUGACUCGAUCGCCGAAUGGAUUUCUGUAUCCGUCAAUGAUCUGCUUUUGCCAGAUGUCACCGAGGCGUACGGAAACGGUGGCGCGGGCGAGUUCUCGAAUGAGAACCAACACCAUGGCAAGAAGCCCAAGAAGAACAAGCCGUGGAAGCUGGGACGAUUUGCAGCGUCGGAGGUUGUGCUUCCCUCCUCUUCUGCCGUGCAAGCAAAACGACGUUCGAUCUCUCUCGUCAAGCGAUCAUCCUCUGCACAGGUGAACGAGCCAACGCGAGUCAGCGCUGAAUCUACGUCUUCACCGCCAAGUGCGCCGUUCAUGCGCAAUUUGGGCUUCACGACCGCCAAUCGUAACGUUGCGCUCCAGAACCUUUGCGCAGAACGCUCCGUGAUGGCGCUGGCUGCAAGCACGAUCUAUAUCGCCGGUUGUGGCCGUAUCAAAGUGCCGCAGCCGGCUGCUCUGCCAGCCGCCAAAUCGAAAGCCAAAUCGAAGACACAGGAAGCCGAGAAUAAAAAGCUCGGUCAAGUCUCGACGGAAUCAACAGCGGUAGCCGUCGUCGAAGGUCCGAGCAGCCCGGUUCAUCCAUCUCACAGCGCAGAUGCUUCGCAAGAUGCUUAUCUCAACGUGACCGAGGACCGUCAUACCGGAUACGACCUGAGCGGAGCUGCGGUGGGCACAGUCAAGUCGAUGGUGCCAGAGCUGGGAGACUGGUCGGGAUCGAUGGAGCACGACCGAAGUCACAGCGAAGAGGUGGCAGAGCCUGAGCGACCUUUUAGGGACUAUGAUGACGAGGGAUCGGACCUCUUUGACUCGGACAGAUCCGAUACGGAGUCCGAGGAUGAAUUCGACUACGGAGAAGAGGAUGUUGAGGUGCCCGUACGGUUCGGACAGCGCGUUAACGUGAGCAGCAGAGCUGGAUCAGCAUUCUACGGCUCGUCAGUGCCGACUGGGUACGAGGCAGAGAGAAGUGUCGAUGAGGCAACGCCGCCAGCGAGACAUCUGGUGCCGUCGGUCAGCCUGGACCGAUUGACACCAGGCACAGUCAUGGUGCACGGAACCGAGCUGCGGAUCUGCGUUGAAGAGGAGCAACUUUCGGGACGAUCAGCCCGGCCGAUGGCUUACUGGAAGGCGGUCGAAGUACAGCAGCCCGAGUCGAAACCAGAAGAACCCGUUGAGAACCAAAUUCGUCGUCAGCCCUCAAACAGAGCGAUGAAACUGGAGGAAGAAGUUGCCACCGGAAUCUUUGCCGCCUUUGUCGGCAAUCGAAGCCCACGACGACAAAAUCAACGAGCAAGCAUCGAUGCUGGACCUUGCAGUGCUGAUCAAGGCUCCCCACAGAAGCGAAGCACUCAAUCGACAAGCAUUUCCAGGAGGGAGCUGGUGGUAUCCAAGGUGAACAAGAGCACUUUCACUGUUCGCAGCGAAACGCGCUCAACCAUGGACGGUACAGAGCAGGUUGUCGAAAUCUUACGUCGAGGCGGCAGCCAAUCGACGCACUUGACACAGGCUUCGGAAUCAUCGCGAGGCUCAACAUCGACGGACAAAGUCGAGAGGGCAUUCCCUUCGCCACUCCUUUCGAACACAGAGUUUGCGAACAGCAGACCUCGAUCUCACAACCGCACCAACGGCUCGCUCUCGACGCUCGAAGACGUAGCAGAGCGCAUCACGAUCCGCAUCCAGCAACAGGGAGUUAGUGGCUUCUCCGCCAGCUUCCAGUCGCGCGAUGGACAGGUCUGGUUGUGGCAAGGAAGCAAACUGGAGGCGUCCGUACUGUCACCGAGGAAAACACAAGCAGGCGUUCACGGCAUCGAUGUCCUGGACAACUACGAUCUGGUGCUGCGUGCUCGAAACGGAUCACAAAGCAUUGAGCUUGCAACCUACUCUACCGACUCGCAGCUACGCAACGCACUUGGGCUGUUCAAGCCGCGGACGAAGCCUGUCCCGAAAGCGCUUCCCGAGGACACGAGCAACCUCGGCUCCGCUGUUGCGCCACCGACCCGAGUGCUGCCAUUGGCGAUCCCGAUCCGGGGUAUGGCGGGAGGAAUAUCGCGAGGAGAGCCGCAGAUCCCUCUGCGUGGCAUUCGAGGUGGCCCUCUCCUUCGACCUCAGACGAGUGCAAAUGGCAGUGCUCUGCGGCAGCAUGGACUGUGGCAGCAGCAACGAGCAGCAGUGUCGACCGAAGCGGUGGUACAAGUGCACAACAAUGCAGUCAACAACGCCAGAGCCUCGGUUCAACUCAACGAGCGUCUGGCAUCGAAGCGCGCUUCCACCGACACGGCAAGGCCAUCCCCGCAGGAUGAGGGAACGCAAGAUCAAAAGAUGGGCGUGCUCAGUUUCGCGGCAGUCGAAGCGCUGGAUCGAGAUCUUGUGGUGCUGUCGCUCUUGGCUGUGAUGGGAAGCGUUCGAAUGUGA